UCGUACAAAAGGAGUUCAUAAUAUUGGCGCAGGUAAUAUGGUAUCACACGAUGAUGCUGUUGCCGGACCAUCCAAUUGCAACAGUAAUUUUGUAUCACCGGAACAAUUCAGGGCGCCACUAAAAGCCAAACCUAGAGCCAACAAAAGAAAACCAAGAAAGCUAGGAAAAAGCAUCAUAGCCACAGACACUCCAGAAAAAAAUGAAAUAGCAACGGCCAGAGAAGCAACUAAAAAAAGAAAAGAAGUCAAAGAAAAAAGGUGAAGCGCUAAGUUUUGCAAAGUGAUUCUGAAGAAGACUAUGACGUUAUAAAAAGGCAUAGAUACCUGAGUCAGGAUGUCCGCCGCCAGGAGUUUUGUUAGCUCAUACUUGCUCAAAUGUGGGGAUCGUAGUGUGGGAUUUACUACUCGCAGUUCAAGUGUUAAUAAUGUGAGGACCGGAUUCCUCGUUGGUUUAGACGUCAACCCGGAUUUCUCAAAGUACUUUAACUUUAUAAUUCUUACUGGAAAUGAAGUAUUGGAUGGAGUUAUUCUGCCUGAUUGCAAUUUAUUGGUUAGGAUAGAUGAUAUUAUGAAGGGGAGGUUCGUUGGAAUCCCUUUAAAACGAGAGACUAGGUUAAGAAUGCACUCCAAGUCGUCUAAAGAUGGGAAAGAUCUAACCAUAUUUACUAUGGAAAGAGUUCCUUUUGAUUCGAGCUCCAGCGUUGAUGAUAGUGUUCUCACUACACUACGAGGACAGAUUGGUGCUGUGGAUGACUGGAAGAUCCCAGAACGCAAAGAUAAAACCGCCAGUGCCAAGCAACAAAUGAAGAAACCCACGGUUACGUCAGUAUUAGAUGAACAAGCAAAAGAAAAGAAUCGAAAUCAAAAGAAGAAAAAACAAGCCAGAAAAGAUCUUACAAAUGCUAUGGAGGAAGGAAAGUUAGUUAAAAACGUCACAUCAAGUGGUGUCCAGCCAUCUACUUCCAAGCCCAGGAUAUUGCAGGAAAUUAAUGAAGACUUAUUCUCGAACAGCGAUGCGCAAAUAAUCGCGAACUGUAUUAGCGCUGACGCUCAUAUGGCAUUGUGUCAAGAUUCUGACAAUGACAAUGAUUGGUUUGAAGAAGACGAAAUGGAAGUCGAUGAAAACGUGUUGACUGAAGAGCGUUUAGAACAACCCUUAGCUCGUCAAGUAGAACAAGAAGAAUUUGUGCUCGUACUAUUUUGUACAAAAAAGCAAAGGGUUUUCUACACUGCGAAGGUUUUGGACAUCUUGAACGAUGAUAUGGAAUAUUAUGUCAGCUUUCUUAGAUUACAAUUUAAAUCGCAGCAACAAUUUUGUAUGCCGAAUGUGCCUGACCUGGCGUUUGUCAAAGAACAUGAUUCUGAAAAUGUUGACCAAACGUCAGUUCCUCCAGUUGACGUGCCAACAGCUACUGUAACUGUUGACGAUAUUGAAUUGACGUUGCGAAUACCUGAAUUGACUGAAAAUUUAACCACUAUUCGUACAAAAGGAGUUCAUAAUAUUGGCGCAGGUAAUAUGGUAUCACACGAUGAUGCUGUUGCCGGACCAUCCAAUUGCAACAGUAAUUUUGUAUCACCGGAACAAUUCAGGGCGCCACUAAAAGCCAAACCUAGAGCCAACAAAAGAAAACCAAGAAAGCUAGGAAAAAGCAUCAUAGCCACAGACACUCCAGAAAAAAAUGAAAUAGACACGGCCAGAGAAGCAACUAAAAAAAGAAAAGAAGUCAAAGAAAAAAAGGUGAAGCGCCAAGUUUUGCAAAGUGAUUCUAAAGAAGACUAUGACGUUAUAAAAACGCAUAGAUACCUGAGUCAGGAUGUCCGCCGCCAGGAGUUUUGUUAG